AUGAUUCGUACUCUAGCAAGAAUGGCACCCAAGAACUGGACCAAGGAGCACUUCACGCUCAACACUGGCGCAAAGAUCCCCGCUGUCGGUCUCGGCACAUGGCAAUCAAAGCCUGGUGAGGUUCGUGAGGCCGUCAAGGCGGCUCUCGAGGGAGGAUACCGCCACAUCGACACCGCGCUUGCCUAUGGCAACGAGAAGGAGGUCGGCCAGGGUAUCAAGGACUCUGGUGUUCCCCGUGAGCAGAUCUGGGUUACUACCAAGCUUGACAACCCAUGGCACAAGCGCGUCGAAGAGGGCAUCAACACCUCUCUGAAGGACCUCGGUCUUGACUACGUCGACCUUUACCUCAUGCACUGGCCCUCAUCGACCGACCCCGAUGACCUCAAGAAGCACUACCCCGACUGGGACUUCAAGGACACCUGGGCCGAGAUGCAAAAGCUCCCCGAGUCUGGCCGCGUGAAGAACAUUGGUGUCUCCAACUUCGCCAUCCAGAACCUCGAGAAGCUGUUCGCCGACUCGCGCACCAAGAUCACACCCGCCGUCAACCAGAUCGAGCUCCACCCCAACAACCCCUCACCCAAGCUCCUCGACUACCUCAAGGAGAAGGGCAUCCACGCCACCGCCUACUCCUGCCUCGGCUCAACCGACUCUCCCCUGUACAAGAACGAGAAGCUCAAGAAGCUCGCCGACAACAAGGGCAAGUCCGUCCAGCAAGUUCUGCUCAUGUGGGGUCUCCAGCGCGGCUCCAGCGUCAUCCCCAAGUCUGUCACAGCAUCCCGCAUCAUGGGUAACUUCCAGCUUGAUGGCUGGGAGCUGACGGACGAGGAGAUGAAGGAGAUCAACGCGCUGCCUGAGCGCUUCAAGGUCUGCGGUGACUCUUGGCUGCCGGUCAAGGUCUUCUUUGGCGAUGACGAGUAG